GUAUUACUAUUUGUCCCAAGGAUGACCUGCUUCUGCUGAAUUCAACUUGUUCUGGAUGAAGUCUUUUAUGUAACUCCUUUUGAGUCUUUCUAGGAUGAUGUGGCCUUACAUUUCGAUUGAGGUAGACAGCAUGACUUCGCACUAGCACUUGUAUAAGUUUAGACUGCUUAUGUGGAUUUCCAAUGGAGGAGGUACUUGUCGUUCCUUCUGAACCUUUUUCUAUAUUAGCUCGAGCAUAUCAGAUCAAAUCCCUGGAAUUUCGAAACAAAGUGUGAGUCAUUGUUGUCAGGAGAGUUUGUUAGGAGAUCACUUUACUCUUCAGAUGGCAUCGACUGAGAAAUUGUGAUAUCACACGUAGUAAAGUAUGAGUGGAGGCAACACACCGUCAGAAGAUGUCGGCUUUUCACGUGUACCUGGUCUUCAUAAGUUGGAGAAAGAUUCUAAACGCCAUGUUGAGACCUCAAAAAAACAUAGACCAAAUACGCUGAAUUUUACAUCUUUAAUACCCGGAGGUCGGGAAAACAGUUUGAAUCAAAAGCAUACCAAAUACUCAAGUGCUUCAGCUGCACGUAAUUCCUUACAAAAGGUUAUCCAAAGUACAGAUGUCCGCUCUCCACCAGUUACUCCCGUCACUCUGUCCACAUGUGCAACAAAAAGACCAAGUUUCCUGCCAAUCCCUUCGCAAGGAAGUAGUUCUUCGAAUUUUCAUCCUGAUGUUCAUCAACACAGUGGUGCAUUCUUUUCAGGACAAAAUAAAAGAAUCACACCUACAGUUAAAUAUACAUCUGUUUUAAGUGUCAAGAGUGGUCGCCUUAUCCGCCCAAACGUGGUAGGAUCAUCAAAUCUUAAAAAUGAUUGGUGUUUUCAAGUCUGUCACUCCUUCGUGAGACAUCGCCGACUGUCCUAUUGUUAUCGCGCUAACAGUAGAAAAUUUAUUAAGUGGUCGCCGUCUAACAUGCAGUUGUGCAGUUUCCCGUGUUUUGAUAAACGCCGUAUUAUUCAUAAACGAUUCUUCAUCCCAAAAUAUUCUAUUUGUUGGGAUCAUCACGAGAAUAUCUUUAAUCACUGUUCAUGUAUUCCUGUUUACCAUGGUCGGCGUGUGCAUCAAACUCUAUCUAGUUUAUCCUUAGUUCACAGAUGUCAUUCAUACUCUCGUUGUAAAAAUACAAGGUGUACGUGUGCUAAAGUUUGGAACAGAUGUACUCACUUGUGCGUCAAAGACAGUGGACAAAUAAAUAAAUCCGUUGCCAAUCGAAAUUUUGGUGAAGCCACUGGAAGUCCAGUGUUUGAUUCAUAUAAAUUACAUGACGUUCAUGACGUACUAAUAAAAUCAAGCAAAAAGCUCAGUGGAACUAUUGAUUGCGAAACUGAGAAAAGUACAUCACCCACUACUAUACAAAACAUGACCAGUGGAUUCACCAUACCUAUUGACAUUAGUAAUGCAAACAGAGGUUAUCAGUUACGCGUUGACCCUUUGCUAACAAGGACCUGUGUAAAUGAAGACUAUCCUAACAGUGAACAGCUACAGCUUUUAGCGAAAUCACCACAAAGCGAAACUAUUUCUAAUGAAGGAGAAAUAUGGCCUCCUCUCGUUGUGAGUAUUCAUCCAGAAUUGGUCCUUCAAUAUAAUCCUCCUGCUGGACUUCUGGUAUCACUUCUUGAAAACAAAUCUACCUGUGAUAAGGAUGCUAGUCAGUCAAAUAUUGAUUUCGCUCACGAUAUCUCACAUCCAGUGGAUUCAGAUGUGCCCAUGGUACCGGUGACAAAGUCAGAAUGCCAUACUCAGUUGAGUAGCAUACCACCCGGUAUAACAUUAGCUCUCACUCGAAAUUUGCACAUACAUGUUCAUCCAACUGAUUUGAAAUGUUGCUUAAAACUAUCAGCCUGGUGUUUUGCAUCGAGAGGAUUUUAUCAAUAUGGACAAGAGGAAAUUGUAAUUUUGUUACGUAGACGUCCCGAUGAGAAAUUGCCACCACUCGAUAUAUUUUAUCAAUAUUGGCUUAUCUACCAAGCCCUGGUGAGUCGCGCUCAAAAAGAAAUUAAAAGUGAUAUCAGUUUUGAAUUAUUUAGUUCUGCAACCUACAACAAGCCAUUUGGUUCGGCUCCAUUUCGUUCUCAUGACUGCUUCUUUGAGAAGCUUUAUUUCGCCAACGGUCGUUGUUCUAACUCAACUGAAACGACUUCAUUCAAUGUGAAUACUAACAGUCGACCGUUUUCUAAAACAUCGUCCAAUAUUGAUGACUGCAAUAACCCUUAUGGAUUUGUAUUUUUCCAUCCAACUCAUCAAUGCUUAACAGGAUUACAUAUACCGGACCCGCCUUUUUUAAUAGCUCUACUAGUGCAUAUCCAAGAGGCACCUUGGGCAUAUCGGUUACCCAGUAGAAUCUUAUUAAAUCUUGGCAAAGUAUCACAUUAUUAUCCAACUACUUUGUUAUCUGACCGUGAUCGUGAGAUCCUAUUUAAUUGUAAAGUGGAUGGAGCAAGUUUUCUACAACUGUUCACUAAUAUAACACCGUUCAUUUAUCCAGAUUUUAUGACAGCUUUACCGAAACAGAAACCUGUGCUAAUGCCCGAGUUAUUGCUUCAUAUAAAUGGAUUCUUUGCGCAUUUGAAUAUGAUCAAAAAUGACCGGAGCAGUGGAGAUACUAAUAGUUCUAAUAUUACGGAAGAAGUAAUUUUAGAGCUCUUGGUCCCUUUAUCGUCACGUGCUGUUUUGAUGAGGUUUCUGGAUACUGUUCCCGUGGAAUCGAUGACAUUUGCACUGUCGGCUGACUGUAACCCUAUAUCUGAUUCCCACUUGGUAUGUUCGCAAUCACAAAAAAAAUAUACAAUGUCUAUGAAUAGUCACACUGAUUUGGAUUCGUCAAACGAUGAUGCUAAUGAGAAAACAGCCUCCAGUUUAAACUACUUCAUCGAUUCAAACUGUUCCAAAAAUUACGACACAGGUGCUAUAUCAAUUGAAAAUACAAAACCAAAGGUUACUGGUGUGAGUUUUGUAGCAUUCUCUGGUCGUGCUUCAUGUUGUAGUGCUGUAAUUGUUGAAGACGGUGUAUACAUUACUCUAACAGAUUCGAAAUGUCACCAGUUAAUUAACAGUUUGAAGACUGGCUCUGAUUUAUCAAUUGAAAUCCGGAGUGACAAUCAAUCAACAGGAAUCGAACACACAGGUAGUACUGACAGCUCAGUCAUCAGGGAUCAAAAUGUCGCCUCUUCGAUUCACAUUAAAUGGUUUAAAGUCUUUGAUUCAUUCUUAUCAAGUGCCUCAUUUAGUGGUUCAGUUACCUCUCCUAAUUACCCCAGCUCCGUUGGUGUGCUGGAUUUAGAGCCUAUCAAUACAUUCCUAGUACCAUUGCAUUAUCAACUAUACCAUUGGAUGUAUCUAGACGAGAAUAACCUUUCAAAUGGCGUGGAUCGAUUUUCAAGUUUGUCUACUGCAGGAUCACCCCACCUGCGGUUGGCAUGGAUCCGAUUUCAUAUAUUCAAUGUGACAGAAAUGGAAACUAUUUCCGCACGUUUGCAAAAACCAUUGACAUUUGGGCAUUUAGCUAACGAGGUAGCUCAGUGCGUAACUAAGGCUAUUGAACCGUAUCUUAUUCAACUCCGAAGUGACGGUCGUACACAAAUCACUUUGCACAUAGAGUUACAGUCGCCAGAUCAGGUGGGUUAUCGAAUGAGUGCAUCAUGUCACGAGGCAUAUACAUUGCAAAAUCAGUCACGAUCGAAGGAUGAUUCUAAAGAUUUUUCCCAUCAGAGCAAGGAACAUAGUGAUGAAAUGUAUGCUGAUGCUUUGGAUGAUUUCUUACUGCCUGUAUUGUCAUCUUGGAUCAAUCGCUUGAAAAUUUCCAACCCAGAUAAAGUAAACCGACUUUACCCUCUGGUGUCUCCGGAUGAUUCUCGUCAUGGAGAAGAAAUAAUUCAAAUGGAAUUCGACUUAUGCAUUUUAGAUUGAAAUUACUUUUUCCGUAAUCUAAUUGACAUAAUAAUUGAUGUAUUUACAUUCACAUGCUUUUGAACUAUAUAGUCUGUAUGACUUUUACCAUAUGUUGAGUGUUGUGUGACGAUUUAUUCUUCAAUUAGGUAGUUAAUCGUUUGUAAAAUGAAAGUCAGAGGAACAGGCAAUUGCAAAAGCGGAUUUCUGUCGGUAUUAAUAAAACUACAUUUGUUAAGUUGGCUGUAAUUCUAUCUCUUACUGAUAUUAAUAUGUUCCCAUUCUAGCAACUGUAUAGUACGGAUAUGCAGUUUGCGCCGCUCUACUUUUUUAAAUUUAAUCUGUAUGCACAUAUUGGACAAUUCGAUAUCCGCUCUCUUUUCAAUUUUCUGACUUCAGAUUCAUCUAAAGCUUUGUAGUCACUUUCAGUAAAAUUACUUUAUAAAUAAAAGACAGAUUCAUCACAGCAAUAAGAACGAGAUUUGCUGCAUAAAAUGUGCAUAUCGAGGCUUCUCUUCAGCUACAAUUGGCCUAAAAUAUAGGUAAGACUAAUAAAAUUUACUUGCUGUAUCUAUUACUAUCAAGCGACUCAAACCCAACCUAUUUAUAUAAAAAUAAAAUGUGAUUAAUCGCAAUUUACCCUGGCAACAAUUACUCCCCCUGUUAUUAACGGCUACCUGCUUAAAUUACUGGGCUACCAAAAUGCCGAAACUCCUCUUCAUUUCUUAUUGCUUUAAUUAUCCAAUUUAUAUCAAAUGAUCACUAUAUGAAUCCGCGCAUAUAUUUAAUUAGCUUCGAACAAAAUACCGUGCAAUUCUUAAAGAAAAUGAAGGAGAAAUAUGCCAAAUUCCUUCUCUCUUCGUAUGCAACAAAACGAUGUCACAUAAUAUACUUGAAAUUAUUACUUAACAUGUAAAUCAUCUACAAAGAUAAGAUAUUUUGGAACUAGAUACUCCGAAAAUGUCUGUACUGUGUUCACAUUUUGCCUGAAAUAAAGCUUUUUCAUGAUAGUUAUAUAUUCUGUAUUCUACGAUAACUACGGCUAUUGUCAUCAUUUUCCAACUCACCGAUUUUAACUUUCUUAACUGAUAUUAAAUCACUUCUAAAUGUUUUCCUGUUUAUUAUGGCAUAUUUUAUCUCUUUAUGUUGUUGGUUACUAAGUGUUUUGCUGUUAAAUCGUCUACCGAAACUUCUCAAACCUUCCUCAAAAGUUAUGUCAAAUGAUUGCCUUCUUUUCGUGUCAGUUGUAACGAUCGUGUCAUCAUAUUUCACCGAUUUUGGUUUCCUUAAACUAUGGUCUGCAUGCCUAAAUUCUGUUAGCGGAAUACAAAAUGUAUGUUCUCAUUUCAUUAAUCUUACACAUAUUUUAGACUGUGUUUGUGUAGAUGAAGGGAAGCCUUGACGCAGAUGAUCGAAGGAACGCGUUGUAUGAAUUUUCAAAAGGCAGAUUAUUUUUUCGGAUAAUUUAGCAAAGAUGAAACAUUAUUCAAAAAUAAUGAAUCUUAAUCUUUUGAAGAAGCGAUAUUACAUCGCUCAACUGAAUUGAUAAUUGAUUGAGUUCGACUGCUUACUGUAUACAAUAGACGGUCAAUACAGUAGUAUGUUAUGAUGGCUAAUUUGGUAAUCUUAUAAUAGAUUCUACUGUGAUUUGACAUUUGACUUAUUAUACAAAAUGCAAAUCAUUGAAUCUGUCCAGUUAGUUUUACCUGACUUUAUAAGCCAAAGAAUUUUCGUAUAACUGUAAUCGCUCCCACCUCUGACCUAAUCUUGUAGUGGUAUAUAAUUCCCAAAGUUAUUAGUCUACACCAAUCGUCACUCAACACUGGAUACCGACCUACAAUGUUUAAGUCGACUCGUUAUACAGAAGAUUCGUGGUCAGUCAUCUGCGCUUUUUGGUACGCCAUCAUGUUACAUUCGUGUACAAUCCCUUACUAGUUAAACAAUCAUCCUCCCACUAAGAUUUUGAUCGCAA